GUCGUUUACGUACGUAAUGUGCGCAUGACUACACUACUGGAGAAGCGAACACGACCGCCUGCCGCCGUCAGUGUGUCCCGAGUCUGUCAAUUCCUCCUCGAGCAGACGAAAAAUAGGUGCAGCGACCCCGUCUUGCAAACAGGAAAGAUUGUACGGGUGCCUGUGCCUGCGCACUUUUGGCCCGAGGAAGCUGCAAAACUUGUCUGAGCUUGCCAGCAGCGGCCCAGCAGUACACUGAGUGGAGAGACACCUGCUCUUCGCAAUGGCUCUGUUGACUCUGCAUAGGAUCCCCUCCAUCAGGGCUGUUCCUGAUGAAAGCACCCAAAGAAGAGGGAGAUUUCAGAAAAGGGAGAGUUUUGCCCUUGUCAAGGGAGCAAUGCACCUGCUGGAUGAGGCCCAGAGAGAGGAGCUUCACGAGGAGACACUUCCCCAGAAACCAGAAGACUGCGCUCCAGACAAGCGUCACAGACACAUUCAUGCCAUGGUUGAGCUGCUUCGACCAGAAGAUAGCAUUAAACUGGCCGUGCAGUUAGAGUCUGUCAGCACAGUCCGAGUCAGGUAUCUCAUUGUCGUCUCCACCCUUGCUAACAAAGACGAGACCAUCCUGUUUGGUAUGGAUUUCCCCAAACAGGACAGUGAUGAGUGCACCAUUGGCUUGGUUCUGCCCAUCUGGAGCGACACACAAGUGUAUCUGGACGGAGAUGGCGGUUUCAGUGUGACAUCAGCAGAAGAAACUAGAAUUUUUAAGCCAGUUUCCAUGCAGACCAUGUGGUCAGUACUGCAGUCUUUGCACGGCUGCUGCGAGCGGGCAGUCAAAGGCGCCGUGAUCCCGGGCUGCGGCCUGGAGUGGGCCCAGCACUACCGCCGGCACGUUGAGUCGGACCGCUUGUGCCUCAAUGAGUGGGAGGCCAUGAAUGACUUGGAGUCGGUCAGGAAGGACAGCGACGGUCAGAAUACUGCAGACAGAAACUCUGAAGAGAGGCUGAUCAAGGAACACUUGAGAGACAUCAUGAGGACAGAAGACCUGGAUAAACUCACAUCUAAGAUGGUCCACGCAACCCUGAAGACCCGAAUCGGCUUUGACAUGAGGCCGUUCAAGGAGUACAUUGACAAUGAGAUCCUGGUCACCAUGGCUCAGAUGGACAAACCCUCUAAGAUUUUUGACUACCUUUACUUGGGCUCGGAGUGGAACGCAGCCAACUUUGAGGAGUUGCAGAAAAACAACAUGGGCUACAUUCUGAAUGUGACGAGGGAGAUCGACAACUUCUUCCCAGAAUCCUUUACCUACAUGAACAUCAGAGUGUAUGACGUGGAGGCCACUGAUCUGCUCCCCCACUGGACCGACACGUACAAGUUCAUCAACUCUGCCAGGAAGAGCGGACAAGCGGUGUUGGUGCACUGUAAGAUGGGUGUGUCUCGCUCCUCCUCCACCGUUAUCGCUUACGCCAUGAAGCAGCAGCGCUGGUCGUUGGACGUGGCGUUGGCCUACGUGAGGGAUCGCCGCUCCAUAGUCAAACCCAACGACAGCUUCAUGAAGCAGCUGCAGACCUAUAAUGGCAUCCUCAACGCCAGCCAGCAGCGUCACAGUUCACUCUGGAGGCGAAAGUCCAAAGACCAAAGGCAGAAAUCUGAGCGGAAGGAUGACGGGGAGAAGCCGGGUGAUGAUGAGGAGGACACUGAUGAGGAGGAAGAUGAUGAAGAGGAGGGAGAGCAGGAGGAUGAGGGACUUGACGAGGACGACGACAACACAGAGAGCAGUGAUGAAAAUGAGGAGUCUUUGGAAGAGCCUGAUGCCAACCAGGAAGCUGAGCAGAUAGUGCCACCUGUCGUCGUCACUGCUCCAAGUGUCAGUCGCAGUGGCCGGAUGAACCUGUUUUCCCUCAUGCAAUCCAUUAGCGAACUUGAUGAUGUGGAUAAAGGAUGCAAUCAGCUGCCUUCCAGUCCACGGCGAUCCCCACGACAACGGAGGCGGAGCCAUGGCCGAAAGAGUUUGAUUCACCAGAGCGCCUGUGUGGAUCUGUCACCCGAACCACGGAGUCUGCCGAACGCCGCUCACGAUAAGCCUUGAAGCCAUCACAGAGGAAAAAGAGCUUUUCUUUUUAUAUAUGUAUAUAAGAACCUGAAGGAACAGGACUUCAUAUAACAUGGCAAGGAUGAUUAUUUUAGUUUAUUACACGAGGCAAGUCCUGAGUUUAAGCUCCUCUCGUGCAUCGCCAUGUUGUGCAAUUGAACUGAGUGUUCCCUGCUGAUGAGAAGUUAUUUUGCUGCAGUAUUUGAGUGACAUCAACUGGUUUUAGUUCAUCCAGUGUUUCGACCACAUUUCAACACUCCAGAUGUCAACUAUGCAAUUCUUUUAACAUGCUGCCAAUUGAAGGUUUUUGUCCAAUCAGCAGUGUCAUGUGACUCUCACUGAAGGUUUUACUAGUUUCUAAGCUGUACUUUAUGGAUUGAGUCUUGGCCAGUUUUAUGGUGCGCACCACUUUGUCAUUAAGUCUGUAUUCCAAUGUGCCAAUGAAUUUAUCCAAUUGAGAAUCUUUAUCACUAUGUCAAAUUUUACAUUUUACGUAUUUUGUUAUUACAGCUGUAUGAGUGCCUUCUCGCUGUUCACAUGCUUGGAUUGUCUCAUUGUUUUUGCAUGUCGUUGCAUGGGUAAAAAAAACUGCUGUUUUUGUCCCAGCCUGUGAGAAAUUAUCAUUCAGGUCUUCAGUCCUAUGUAUUUGUGUUUUGCUUCAUUAUUCCAUUCUAUGUCUGCAGGAUCUCGACAUGCUUUUUUUCUUCACUGUUUAUUUUGAUCCAGCGCAUCAGUUUUAACAUGUGCGCACCUUAUUUAUUUUCAAAUGAACCAGACAGCUUGGCACACAUCACACUUUAUCAACAAUUCAAAUUAUUUUGUUUUGUAAGCACUGUCCAAUAUUGCUGAUGUGGUUAACUACAAUGUAUGCACCUCCCUCGUGUUUAAAAGCACAUGAAAAUAAAUAUCGACCAACAAA